AUGGCUGGUCUCUACCAACAUUGCCGCUCAACGUCGACUAUUUCAAGCUAUACACAGACCCAGAAACCAUGGGGCUACAUUGAUAUCUUAGUUGAUCUUAGUACCGAGAUCGACAAGGCCAACACCGUAAGUCGCCUUCUGCUAGACUUGCAGCCUGAAACAGGCGCCAGGAAGCGCAAGGAACUUUGA